GAGGAGGGGGCAGCAGCAGCAGCAGAUGAUCAUCCGGCUGCUCAGAGGGGCUCACAUCCGUAAACGAUGCUGCCUGUCGUUGUGGAUCAGCGAACUGUUAGCGACCACGGACAUGUAACCACCCAUUAAACAGAAAACACAGGUGAACACCAGAUUGAGCCGUCAAUGUAUCGUCUUCAGAGAGCGCAGCAUGAAGAAGUCGGUCCGGCCAGCGGUGAGUAAGGUGAGCGGAGACCGAGGGAAGGCAGAGGCCGCUGCUACCACGGGAAAGUCUGCAGCAAAGACCGGUGCAACGGCACCUCUGUCCAAGGUGAAAAGCAAUGAUGAUCUUUUAGCAGCCAUGGCCGGAGGGAAUCCUGCGUCAAAUAAUGCUGUCUCCAAGACCAAGAGGACCGCCUCCGUUGGAACCAAUGCUAGCAACCUAGACAGCAAGACAAAGACAACAUCAGGUACUUCAUCCAAGCGGACAACAACUUCAGUCUCCAAGGAGCCCAAUUCAUCUCGAGACCGUCUCCGGACCUCCAGGACCACGGCCAAUAAAAAGCAGUUGGUGUCGGGGAGUGUAGCUGGAGAUGUGGCCUCAGGAAAACGAUCCCGCAAUCAAAUCCCAGCAGAGUCCGAAGGCCGCAUGAGCAAGUCGAAAUCAGAUGGCCAGAUCAGCGAUAAGGUGGCUCUGGAGGCCAAAGUGAAAGACCUGUUGGGUCUCGCUAAAAGUAAAGAUGUGGAGAUCAUCCACCUCCGCGGUGAGCUCAGAGACAUGAGGGUCCAGCUCGGCUUGGGAGGGAAAAAAGCGACGGCGCAGGAAGGAGCCAUGGAGGAAGAGAAGCCCCAGGUGUCAGCCAUCACAGCGGCCGACGUGGAGUCCACGCUGAUUCUCCUACAGGAGCAGAACCAGGCCAUCAGAGAGGAGCUCAACAUGCUGAAGAGCGAGAACAGGAUGCUUAAAGACCGGCUCAACGCCCUGGGCUUCUCUCUGGAGCAGAGGCUGGACGCUUCAGACAAACUUUUCAACUAUGCCUCCCUGAGCCCGGACCUGGCGGCUGGCAGCGGGCAAAGCGACGGCGGAGGAACGGGCACGCUCACCUCCUCGGUCGAAGGCUCCGCCCCCGGCUCUUUGGAGGAUCUGCUCACAGGGCAUCAGCACGGAGGCUCGGCCGACAACCUCGACAGUGAAUCCAGCGAGGUGUACCAGAGCGUCGUCACCUCCAGCGACGACGCUCUGGACGCCCCCUCUGGAGCCUCAUCGUCAUCGGAGUCUGAGUGCGCGCCCAGCAGGGACCGCUCGCGGAGGGGCAGCAGCGGCAACGCCAGCGAGGUGUCUGUGGCAUGUCUGACGGAGCGAAUCCACCAGAUGGAGGAGAACCAGCACAGCACCGCCGAGGAGCUCCAGGCCACCUUACAGGAGCUGGCCGACCUGCAGCAGAUCACCCAGGAGCUGAACGGAGAGAACGAACGUCUGGGGGAAGAGAAGGUGAUCCUCAUGGACUCUCUGUGUCAGCAGAGCGACAAGCUGGAGCUGUACGGUCGACAGAUUGAAUACCUGCGCUGUCUGCUGGAGGAGCAUCACAUAUCGUACGCGCUCGAGGAGGACAUAAAGAGCGGGCGCUACUUGGAGCUGGAGCAGCGCUACGCGGACCUGACGGAUAACGCCCGCUUUGAGAGAGAGCAGCUGCUGGGGGUUCAACAACACCUGUCCAACACUCUGAAGAUGGCCGAACAGGACAACGCGGAGGCGCAGGAGAUGAUCGGAGCGCUGAAGGAGAGGAAUCACCAGAUGGAGCGCAUAAUGGAGUCUGAGCGGCAGGGCCGGGCGGCCAUGGGGGCCGCACUCGAGGAGUACAAGGCAGCGGUGGGCAGCGAUCAGGCGGAGCUGAACCGCUGCAGGGCCCAGCUGGACCAGGAGAGGCAGAGGGUGGCCGAGCUGUACUCUCUUCACACCGCGGGGGACAAAAACGACAUCUGCCAGCUGCUGGAGGGAGUCCGUCUGGGGAAAGAAGAGGCGGAGGCCAAGGCGGCAAAGUUGCAGGAGGAGCUGGAGCAAGCCCACAGUGAACUCACGCGGCUCCAGGAGACUUUUAGUAAGCUGGACCGGGAAUACAGAGACUUCCAGGGGCAGGUGCAGCAGCAGAUGGGCGAGCAGGCGCAUGCUCUGGAGAAGCAGCGCGACGAUCUGCUGGAGAAAGAGACGGAGGUCGCAGACAUGAAGGAAACCAUCUUUGAGCUGGAGGACGAGGUGGAGCAGCACCGAGCUCUGAAACUCCAUGACAACCUCAUCAUCACAGACCUUGAGAACUCGGUGAAGAAGCUGCAGGACCAGAAGCACGACAUGGAGAGAGAGAUUAAGAUCCUUCACCGCAGACUGAGGGAGGAGUCCAUGGAGUGGCGUCAGUUCCAGGCUGAUCUGCAGACCGCCGUCGUCAUUGCUAACGACAUCAAGUCAGAAGCUCAGGAGGAGAUCGGAGACCUGCGGCGCCGUCUGCAGGAAGCCCUGGAGAAGAACGAGAAGCUGAGCAAGGAGCUGGACGAGGUCAAGACCCGCAAGCAGGACGAGGAGAGAGGCCGCGUGUAUAACUACAUGAACGCAGUGGAGAGGGACCUGGCUGCUCUCCGGCAGGGGAUGGGGCUCAGCAGACGAUCCUCCACCUCUUCAGAACCCUCCCCGACCGUCAAAACACUCAUCAAGAGCUUUGACAGCGCCUCGCAAGGUCCGUCUCCCACUGCAACAAAUGGCGCCUCUGUGGCUCCAACAGCGCCAGCCGCCCCGCUGCCCCGCACCACCCCGCUCAGCCCCAGUCCCCUGAAGACGCCGCCGGCAGCUGCUGUUUCACCCAUCCAGAGACACUCCAUCAGCGGGUCUAUGUCAGCAGCCAAGCCGCUCUCCUCUCUGAGUGACAAGAGGCCGAGCUACACGGACAUCACCAUGCCAGCUGAGCACCUUCUCAGGGGGUCCUCGAGCGGCAGGCCAUCAUCUGCCCUCCAACGGGUCUCCAACAUGGACUCCACCAAGACGAUCUCAGUGUCCCGCCGGAGCAGCGAGGAGAUCAAGAGGGACAUGUCCGCUGCAGACGGGACGUCCUCAACCUCAUUAAUGGCCUUGAGCGCCGCCUCCUCCCCUCUCUCCUUGUCCUCCUCCUCCCCCACAGCUUCCGUCACCCCCACAGCACGCAGUCGCAUAAGAGAAGAGAGGAAGGACCCGCUGUCGGCGCUGGCCAGAGAGUACGGCGGCUCUAAGAGAAAUGCUUUGCUAAAGUGGUGCCAGAAGAAGACUGAGGGUUAUCAGAACAUUGACAUCACAAACUUCAGCAGCAGCUGGAACGAUGGUCUGGCCUUCUGUGCUGUGCUCCACACCUACCUGCCCGCACACAUCCCCUACCAAGAGCUCGGCAGCCAGGACAAGAGGAGAAACUUCACCUUGGCUUUCCAGGCGGCCGAAAGUGUGGGCAUCAAAUGCACUUUGGACUUAAACGAGAUGGUGCACACAGAGAGGCCUGACUGGCAAAGUGUCAUGACUUAUGUCACAGCCAUCUACAAGUACUUUGAGACCUGACUUCAUGGUCUCAGCCGCCCUGCGCCUGCAGCACAAUCAGAGCUACGCCAGCCCUCCUGAGCUCCAGUCAACAGUUAUACCUCACCCUCCCCACACAACAGCAACGCCCGUCUCACACACGCUGCAUGUCGGUCCUCAGCAUGACUCAACACUACAAGCAGACCACAGCCUCACUGGACACAAACACACAGCUACGCUAUCCUCCAUGCAGUGCUGAGGGUGACUUGUGUAGGGCUUGCCUUUUACUGUUGGUAACUAAUGAACCAAGUAGGAACUGACUCUAAGAUCAUCUCUGCCUCCAGGGAUCUUCUGAAGAAGCUGCAAGAAAAAGAAACCAAGUCUCAGUGCCUUCUCCCUGGCUUAUCGUCCAUCACAGUUAACUCAUGUUUAAGGUGUUUUCAGACUUUCAAUGUGCUACUUAGCAAGCAGAGGGAUUCACCGCCAUUUUUCUUCUUCUGGAUAUUUUGUGGAAAUACGCAGCUCCCACAGAGUAUCGAACCAAACAUUAGGGAUGUUGGAAUUCCCCGCCAAGCCUGGAGAUUCAGAUGGACGCAGCCUUGUUUUGCACCAAGUCUUCCACUACGAUACAGAUGCCUCUCUUUUAACGGAUAAAGUGCCUAUGUGAGCAAUUGAUGCAGGAGACCCCGGAUGUUAGCUCCCUCUCCAGGCCUGAUCAUUGCAGAGGCAGAGUGUGUUUUUGUGGGUUUUUUUCACUACAGUUUGUGAAGCUGAAGAUUCAACAAGUUGUUGCCAAAUAUGUUUCAGACGCCUUUUAUAGUGUUGAUGUUGUGGCGAGUUGGUCAUCAGACUGACGCUGCAGACAGCUUCUACAUCCACAUCCUAUAAUGUUUUUAUUCUCCGAACACAGAAAUAUGCUACGCUCCUUAAAACGACUACACAUUCUGUUAAGCAGCAGCACCGCUCGUUAACUAACAUUCCUGUAAUGAGUAUGGAUUUAAACACUAAACGGUAAACUGUGAGCGUGAUGUAAAGGACCAACAGGGUACCCGGUGCACAGCCAACCUGCAUCCUCAGGUGCCGAGCGGUUACACGAUCAUACAAUAAAAACAUAAAUGAAACAUAGCACACUGAACGUGACUUUACUGUCACUUUAUGGUGAGAGAAGAAGUCAUGUUCAGAGUAAAGUGUGUGUGCAUAGAUGAGGCCUGCAGCUGGCGUCCUGCAUGUAGACUUCUUUCAUUGGGCACAUACAGUACACACGCGUCAUCACCUCAGUAUCUGAAUACCAGCUUAACAAAACGUCUACUUGAAGGUAAAUGCUUCUUUCUUUAAAGGUAUAAUUCCACUUAUUUAUGAAAAUGUCUUCCCUUUGUUUUUGAUACCUGAAUGAGAAGAUUGAGGCACCAUCAAUGCUGCAAAUAUGAAGCUAAAACCUGCUAGUUAGCUUAGCCUAGCUUAGCUUAGCAUAAAGACUGGAAACCAGAUGAAACGGCUAGCCUGGCUCUGUCCAAAGUCAACUCGUGCAUUUAUCACAUUCAUUCAUUCAUUCAUUCAUGCUCCUACGAUAUUGUAGCUUAAAUUCACGUAGCAGGCCAGUGGAGGGUGUUGUCCUUCCUCUCAGGCCACACAUCGGUACACACAGCGCUGCAGUGGGCAUCCUGAGCGCAGAGCUACUUUAGACAUCACCACCUUUAACAAUGUGAAGAACUCAGUGAAACGUGGAGUCGUUUGUUCGUCCCUGAUACCUCCACGUCCUUCUGACUUUAUUAAUAAAGCUUGCUGUUUAAACUGUUAUAUCUGAGUUGUGCUAAUAAUCUCUAAUAAGCUUUAGAGAUGUUGGUGUGAAGAUGGAGCCUGACACCUAUUCUCCUCUGUGCUCCAAGUUUUAAUGCUAAGCUAAGCUAAUCUCCUGCUAGCUGUAACUUUAUAUCUAACGUACAGAAAUCUUGUCGUUAACGCUCGGCACGACGGUGGUAAAAAUAAUUCUCAAAAUUUCUGAGCUGUGUCUGUAACGUCAACGAUUGUUGCCGAACUCUUAAUCUCGCUCGUUGACCAAAUAACCUUAACGAUUAAUCGGACGAUUCGAUUGUGCCCGUGAUUUAUUUAGGUGCGAUUGCUCUAAUUGUUUCAGACAAGAUGUUUUUUUGACAUUAGAAGUAUCACAAACUGUUACCAUGACGAUUGUUUUUUUGUGUUGCGUCGUGUUAAAUUUGUCAAACUUCAUUUGGCGACUUUAUAGCUGAAGGUGAGCCUUUACGUCCCCCAGAUUAAGCAUCAAAACAAAUGGUUAAUAACACACUUUGAUGUAGUCGUAGCUUAUAAGGACGCCAGUGCAGAAGUUGUCAGCAGGCGUUACACGUCAUUUCAUGUGCUUUAAACAGUACAAUAUGCUUUAACACAUUUAUCGAACGCUUACAAAUUCUGUUCUGAGAUUCUUAAUUCGGGGGACUUUGAAGGAAGUGUUUCCGUGAAGUGCUAUCUGACUGCUGUCGUGUUUAUUGUGCCUCAACAUACCAAGUUCACUGUAUUUAUUUGCCUAGUUUCUAAUCAUAGAAGUGAGGUCAUUGCUUUAUUUGUGUGUCUGAAUCGAUUACACAGACGUUAGUAGCUGUUCUGAGAAACGCCUUUUGGAUAUCACACUCAUUUCCUGCCUUAGCGGUGUAGCCUGAGCUUCUGGGAGUGGAACUGUGACACUAAAGUGAGGUUCUUGAUUGGGCCCUCCGGAGAAUGAUGGUCACACAACCGGUUUUGGGGGGGAAGCUGGAUGAAUUCAGCCAGGGUUGCGGUUAAAGUGACCAAACGCUGUUUUGACCUGGGUCAGAUGAAGUUACCGGACUGUAUACACGGCUACAUCAGACGAAGGUUUAAGUGAAGAUUUAGAAGCACAUCCUGCUGGUGCUGUUUGCCGAAGCCACAUCAGCCCAACGUGUACAACUGCAGAGACAUUCAGUGAAUGAAAGUUAGCACAAGAGCCUGCAACAAUGACAUUUUUUUAUUUUGUUCAUGGAGAGAGUGUGAGUGAAUUUAAACACAUUGGAAGGUAUUAGCGCUCUGUAGAUAGCAGUGUGUGGUGCCGUGAUGCUGAGGAUGAUUAUCAGCCAACUGUUUGAUUGUGUUCUGCUUGGUUUGGCCGCUGGCCCCCUUUGAUUAAUGGCUCCUGACGGGAACGUGAGAACUUCAGAAAGAUUUGAAUCUUCUCCAUCCUGAAAGUGAAAUGUGUUUGAUCACGCUUUAGUGAUCCUUGAACGUUAUGAGCUCCAACUUUACCGAUGUCGAGCGAUUUAUGGACACUUGAGGUCGGACUGCUGAGGCCAGACGGCCGCCGACCGCUCGGCAGCACAUUCCACUGUUACACUGUUUGAGACCUGAGAUGAUGCUCUUUACCACAACAAGCAAAGCAAAUGUGAAAAGUGCAUUGAAUCUUCCUUUGGUCCACUUCAUAAUGCUACUUUAUUUGUUUACUUGAAAAUGCUCUGAGAAUUUCACUGAACGUAUUUUGUUUCCAUGUUGCCUUUUUCACCCAAUUGCCACGUUUUGGAUGUGGAAAAUGUCUUUUUGUUUUCUUUACACUACAUGCAGUGCUGAAAUGAUCCCUGCGUGGGCCAAGUUAAAGCUGAAUGAUAAAAUCUGUUUGGUGAGCGUGUAUGCCUCUUUGUUUGUCUAAAAGGGACUAAGCUACAGUAUUAAGUUCACACUAUCAUAAUCAGUUGUAAAAAAAAAAAAAGCUGUCUGAAUUUUAUGUUACUUUAUUUUAUCUGGCAGAAGUAUUAAAAGACCAUUAAAACA